ACAUACCUACAAAAAAUGAAAUAUUGGAAACUUGUUGUGUUCCCAGAUCAAAAUCUUGUUUUGGUUCAAAAUUGGCAAACAACAACCUUACAUUCUCUCUCUCUGCUUUUUUUCUCAGGUAUUUUCUCUUGUUCAUUUUCAGGGCUUUGUUUCACCAAGGGUAUUUCAUCGGAUCUACAUCCGUUGCUUGCCCCUUGUCUUCAAUUCGCUCUGAUCGUGCAGUAACUUCCAGUGGGUGGUGGAUGUAUUUGUUGAUUGUAAUUUGGUAGAUGCAUUUUGUGAGGUCAUCUGAAAGAUGGAUCUAGAAGGCAAAAAAUUUGGGAGGGGCAACAAAGAACUUGGAGGUACUCGUGAUCUCAUAAAUCAGUAUAGACUUUGGCCCUACUAUGAAUUCUUCUGCAAGAAGUCACUCCCAGUGUCAAUUUCAGAGACACAUUAUCUUCACAAUGUGGUGGGUGACACAAAAAUCAGGAAGGGAGAAGGAAUGGAACUGGAUCAGCUCUGUAAAAACACAGACACGAGUGAGAAAAAAGCUUGCUUAUGUCCUUUUGACUUGGAUGUACUCAGUGAAGCUUUCCAUAUGAGGGAUAUGAAUCCAGUCCACCUUUCUUCUAAGGGGCUACCAAAUGCAGUGCCCAAGUUAGAAAACCAGUCUAGAGAUCAUGAGAGGAAGAACAAAAAGGUAAAAGAUAAAGGUGAGGAGUAUAGGAAGCAGAAGCAUAGAUUACAUCGAGUAAAUAAUGGAAGUUGUAUAGAGAACAUCAGAAUUAGACCCCAUGAUCCUCAUCCCUUGCUGCAGUUGAAGAACCAACGAGGCAAGAAAAGGAGGGCAGAGACAAGCAAUAAUGAUCCUUCUGUUUGCAAGCGAUAAGAUACUGGAAAUAUGUGAUUAAUUCAGAAGCUGACAGUGAACUCUGUUUUUGUCACAUUUAACAUUUUUUGUUCUCUCCUACUCUAAAUCUCUUGUUUCUAUUUGGCUCACCUAAAUACUUAAUUUCCAAAGUGCGGGAACAAAAGAAUUUCAUGUUCUGGAGUUUGUUUAUUAAUUUAAUUAAAGCAUUAUCAUUUUCUUUCUUUC